AUGAAUGAUAGUGUUAAGAGUGCCACUUUUAAGUUAAUUCAGUCACUAGCUGACGAUAAUGAAAAUAAGUAUGGACAAGUGAUAAUUCUCAUAGACGAAUAUGAUUCACCACUGUUAAAUGUCAUUAGUAUCACGAAAGAAAGCAUAAAAAUUGCAAAUGACAGCCACGGCGUACUAAAGAGUUUUUUUGAAGUAAUUAAGGCACUGCAAAGUAAAGUUAAAUUUCUUCUCGUAACGGGUAUAACAAUGUUUGCACAUUUAGGUUUAUUUCCAGGAUUAAAUAAUCUUAAGGACGUGACAUUGAGUAAUGAAUUAUCUGAGACAAACUAUUAA